AUGGUAAGUCUGAUUGCCAGUUUAGAUUCUAAUCAUUGCUGUUUUCUUUUUUUUUUCAGAAUAAAACAUGAGAAUAUUGUUUCACUGGAAGACAUCUUCGAAAGUCAGUCGCAUUUGUAUUUGGUCAUGCAGCUCGUAUCGGGGGGAGAGCUCUUUGACAGGAUUGUGGAAAAAGGCUUCUACACUGAAAGAGAUGCCAGCAAACUCAUUCGGCAGAUUUUAGAUGCAGUCAAGUAUCUGCAUGAUAUGGGCAUUGUGCACAGAGACUUGAAGCCAGAGAAUCUGUUGUACUACAGUAUGGAAGAGGACUCUAAUAUCAUGAUCAGUGACUUUGGCCUGUCUAAGAUCGAGGACUCGGGAAGUGUGAUGUCAACUGCUUGUGGGACACCUGGAUACGUAGCUCCAGAGGUCUUGGCACAAAAACCAUACAGUAAAGCUGUAGACUGUUGGUCCAUAGGAGUGAUUUCUUAUAUUCUCUUAUGUGGCUACCCUCCAUUUUACGAUGAAAAUGACACCAAGCUGUUCGAGCAGAUUCUCAGAGCAGAGUAUGAGUUUGACUCUCCGUACUGGGACGACAUCUCUGACUCAGCCAAGGAUUUCAUCAGUCACUUGAUGGAGAAAGAACCGACUCUGAGAUACACAUGUGAACAGGCUUUACAGCACCCAUGGAUUUCUGGAGACACGGCUCUCGACAGGAACAUUCAUGAGUCUGUCAGCGCUCAGAUCAAGAAGAACUUUGCCAAAAGUAAAUGGAAGGGGUACAGAAAAAUUUAA